AAAAUAAACUGAAGUGUUGGACCCGGCUGAACCCGGCCAUGACCUUGACUUUGGAAGAGGGCGCUCUGUGUGCCGUUUGAUAGGGUACAGAUGUCAAUAUGGAUGAUACAGAAGCUAUAUUUGAUGCCUUAAAACAUGAUGAUGAAGCAACCAGGUUGGAAGCCCUGAUGAAAUGCAUUAAUUUGAAUUCUAAUUGGAAAAACAGCUAUGAUCGUGAUGGUAUUUCACCACUCAUGUCAGCAGCAAUGUCUGGAUUCUAUGAAUGUGUUUCUGUAAUGAUAGAGGCCGGGGCUGAUGUUAACGAUUGUGCGUCGUCGUCAGAGGAAACGGCACUCCUCGGCUGCUUUGAGAACGAGAGAAACCCAAAUUCCGAAAACAGGUUAAAAUGUGUUCGUCUAUUAUUAGACGGUGGAGCUGACAUCUACCAACCUGAUAGUUUUGGCGUUAAUCCUCUUAUGGCCGCAUGUUAUAUUUGUGAUCCUAUAUGUUUAAAAGAAAUUCUGAAAAGAGGUUAUGAAAGAAAACUGAAUCAAAAUAUAACCGGAAAUCACAAAACUGAAGAUGAAACUGCUUCCGGAGUUUUUGAAGAUUUAUCUAAAUGUGUUGAAGACGACGAAGAUGCUCCCACGUCUGAACUUUCUGAGCACAUCGAUCGAACAGAUAUAAAUCUCUCUGAUGGUCUGGAGUGCCGAAACGCCCUUCACCAUUGCCUGAACUCAGAUAAUACAAGUGGUGAUCAAGAUGCUUGCUUACAAUUACUAAUGGAUGCUGGGGCUGAUACGACGAUUAAAGAAGACUCUUAUCGUCCACUAGAGUUGGCGAUAACUUCCUUACCAAACAGCCUCUCUCUUGUAAAAAUCUUGCUAGCUGCAGGAGCACCAUUUGAUGCACAAGAUUUUCUUGUUGCAUUAAAGGUCCUAAAUAUAGAAUUGGUGGAGUUAUUUUUGGAAAUAGGAGUAGAUGUAAACUACGGCUAUAAAGGCGGAUACACUGCGUUAAUGCAUUUAAUAGAUGAUAUACCACGAGGUUUAACUAGGAAUAUAGACAGAGAUGAACGAGCUAAAAAAUGCUUGAAAAUAUUGUUCAGUGCCAGAUCAGACAUCAAUCUCCCAAACUCGAGAGGUCUUCAACCCAUCCAUUUUGCUAUUGUGCGCUGGUCAUUUUUGAAAUUUCCUGCUGAAUAUCUAAUUUCAGAAAACUGUGACUUCAGCAAAUUGUCCUAUGCUCAUGUGUCUUCAGUUUUUUACAGUGCGUUUCGUGAUCAUUGUAAAGACGAAUAUUUAUUGGACAUGAUUAAGUUUUUGUAUGAUUGUGGUCUAUCUUACUCACUGUGUCAGUCAUUCUGUGCUGCAUCAUCGACUGUAAUGAACUGUGUUGAUACGCUAACAUGUAGUCCACGACGUCUAGUUACUUUGUCUGUUAUUGCCAUGAGACAACACCUAGGAUCGCAUAUAAAAGCUAAAUGUGAAGAACUAGAAAUUCCUAAAAUAGUGAAGAAUUUAAUAUUGCUUAAAGACGUUCUUUCUCCAGAAUGCUUUUAAUAAAAUAGACAUAUCUAGACUCUAUUUGUUUCAGUCCAUAUUUGGUUUUAGUCCGGCAUCUAUGGUCGUAUAUUUACCUCACCAAUAACAUUACACCUC